UGUUAUCAAAGUAAGUUCCUUAUCGUGAGUCAAAUGUUCAAAUUAUGAAUAUAUUGUAAUUCAUUUUGAGACUUGUCCUGUCGGACUCUGCGCCUGUUAAAAAUUACCUGCACUUUCCGAACUGCUGGGUGUCGGGUUGCUUUCGGCCUUUUUUUUUUGCCAUCGUUAGUUUUUCUUAAAGUUUAAAUGAAGAAAAUCAUAAUAAGACAGGGUUUUCCUUUGAUUCUUUCCAAAUUCAGGAUACAGAGUUGUGCCAGACUUGCAUCUACUAUGCCGAAGCAGAAAGUGUUCCUGACGAGAUCUGACUAUCCAAAAAAUGGUGUUUCGUUAUUAGAACCUAGAUAUGAACUUUCCUUUUGGGACCAUGAAAAAAAUGGUGUUAUCACUAAAGAAGGCAUGGUUGCAAAUGUAAAAGGUGUCAACGCAAUAUUUUGUUGUUUGAAUGACAAGAUUGACAAAGAUGUUAUUGAAGCUGCAGGUGAUAGUUUGAAAAUUGUUUCAACCAUGUCGGUUGGCGUGGACCAUGUGGAUAGAGAGAUUCUAAAAAAGAAGAAUGUCAAACUCGGCUACACACCCGACGUGCUAACAGAAGCUACGGCAGAAUUGACUGUCGCCUUGCUGCUUGCAACAUCGAGGAGAUUGCUUGAAGCAAACAAAUUGAUCCGGGAGGGACAUUGGACUUCUCCAUGGGCGCCUGUCUGGAUGUGUGGUCCGGCACUGAAAGGUUCAACUGUAGGUAUUGUCGGUUUUGGACGUAUCGGACAAUCUACUGCGAUAAAGCUCAAAGCUUUUGAUGUAGGAAAAAUUCUUUACGGGAGCGAAAAAGAAAAGCCGGAAGGAAUUGAGAUGGGUGCAUGUAGAGCAUCCUUAGAUGUACUACUCAAAGAAAGUGAUUUUGUUAUUGCAACCUGCGCAUUGUCUGAAAAAACAAAGGGGCUUUUUUCAAAAGAAAAUUUUGAAAAAAUGAAGCCAACAUCUAUCUUUAUUAAUACAUCUCGAGGAGGUGUUGUUGAUCAAGAAGCACUCAUUGAUGCCCUGAAGAAUGGAAAAAUAAGAGCAGCAGGCUUGGAUGUGAUGACGCCUGAGCCGCUUCCUGCCGACCACCCUUUAUUGUGCUUAGAUAAUUGUGUUAUACUCCCCCACAUUGGAAGUGCAACAUAUCAGACAAGAAUGGUCAUGUCGGACCUUGUAGCAAAGAACAUCAUUGCAGCACUUGAAGGCAAGGAAAUGCCUGCAGAAUAUAAAUAAAAUUAAUGAAAUGUUACAAUAUUAAAUUUUACAAUGGGCAAUAAAACUUAUUUUUUUAAA